UCCAGCCCUUUAUAAAAGGCCAAGUAUCAGCAGUGUUCCAGCACAGAACUUGAUCUGGCGCUUUACUUAACAACACCAAGAUGUGGAAAAUUUCUUUGCUAAUGGUCCUAGCUAUCGGUUGCAUUUGCGUGGCUAGCCAGACGACCAUAUCGCCGCGGGGCCGUGAGAUUUGCCAGCGCAAGAACACCAGAUGUCUACACAAUGAGGUCCGUCUGGGAACUUCCGACGAUGUUACUGUUGGCUUUAACAACCAAUGCCGUGGGAGUGAUCCCAGUUGGCGCGAUAUCACCCGGUGCCAGUUGGCUGACGCCACCUGCCAAUUGACUAUAGUGCAGUUUAGGACACCUUCCUGUGAAAAUGUGAGAAUAACUCUUCAGUCUGGUCCAACCAAGAACAGAACUCGUCGCACGGGACAAUGGACGGGCCGUAAUGGCCCUACUCUCCCUACUCUUCCUACUCUCCCUACUCUUCCUACACUCCCUACUCUUCCUACUCUCGAUCCGAACUGUCCUGAUUGUACUCUCCCUACUCUUCCUACUCUCCCUACUCUGCCUACUCUUCCUACUCUUCCUACUCUCCCUUCUUACUAUACUUGACCGACUCGCCCCAUUCGCCGACCCCUCCCUUGCACAGAACCCAUCGAGUAAAAUAUUUAUGCAAAAUGGAAAAUCUGGAAAAUCUGGAAAUUCAGGAAAGUCUGAUGAAUAAAAAUAAACAACUCAAUGCUGGCAAAUACAUAUUUUGAAAUUUUCUGUCAUUAAA